GACAUUUGGUAAAUAUCCCACCCAUUAUUGGGUUAGUGAGCCAGCCUCCACCCCCACAAUUAAUGCAACGAAGUGUCAAAGGGCACUUGGCUAGUUAUAUAAGUGGCACCCCCACUUGAUACCCCAGCACAUAACCCCCACCACCCAUCAUGCUAGAAGCUGGGCUAGCAAGUGCUUUCCUCCUAUUGGAAUGUCUCCUAUUGAUCAAUCUUUCAACCUCUAGCGCUCCCCCGGAUCCGAUAAGGUGCUCGCCGGGCACCGGCAAAUGCAACAUCACCAACAUCUACGGCACCUUCCCCGACCGGUCGACAUGUCAAGCAGCAGCUGCAGUCUAUCCAACCUCCGAGCAAGAGCUCGUCGCGGCGGUGGCGAAGGCCGCCGCCGGCAAGAGGAAGAUGAAGGUGGCGACACGCUACUCCAAUAGCAUCCCCAAGCUGGUUUGUCCCGGAGGGGAUGAGGGGGUCAUAAUUAGCACGAGAUAUCUUAAUGGCAUUGUGAGCACCGACGUGGAGAUGAAGAGGAUUACGGUAGAGAGUGGGGUGACGCUGGAGGAGUUGAUAGAGGCGGCGGCGAAGGCCGGGCUUGCCCUGCCUUACGCGCCCUACUGGUGGGGGGUGACGGUCGGCGGGAUGCUAUCGACGGGGGCUCACGGGAGUUCUUGGAGGGGGAAGGGGAGCGCCGUUCACGAGUACGUCGUGGGGGUUAGAUUGGUCACGCCGGCUUCGGCCGGCGAAGGCUACGCGAAGGUUCGGGUGCUGGACGCCGGGGACCCUGAGAUGGAUGCGGCCAAGGUUUCACUGGGGGUGCUUGGAGUUAUCUCGCAGGUCACCUUGGAGUUGCAACCACUUUUCAAGCGAUCCAUCACCUUUCUAAAGCGUGACGACUCGGACCUAGCAGAGAAGACAGCAACCCUCGGCAACCAGCACGAGUUCGCCGACAUGUCAUGGUACCCAGGCCACGGCAAAGUCAUCUACCGGAUAGACGACCGUGUCCCCUCCAAUUUCUCCGGCAAUGGCCUCAACGACUUCAUCGGAUUCCGGUCCACGGCGACACUACUACUGGGCAUCAACAGAUUAGCAGAGGAGACCCUGGAAGCCACAGGCAAUGCUGAAGGCAAGUGCAUCGAUUCAAAGCUUACAACAACGACAAUUUCCAUAGACAACUAUGGGUUUAAAAAUGAUGGCGUUUCCUUCACUGGUUAUCCAGUGGUUGGCUACCAGAACCGGUUGCAGUCCUCAGGGAGCUGCCUCGAUGGACCGGAGGACGCCCUCCUCACUGCUUGUCCAUGGGACCGAAGAGUUAGGGGGGAGUUCUUUCACCAAACAACUUUUAGCAUUGGAUUGUCAAGGGUCAAGGACUUCAUCCUCGAUGUACAGAAGCUCAGGGACCUCAACCCCAAAGCUCUGUGUGGCGUCGAGCUCUACAAUGGCAUCCUCAUGCGCUUCGUAAAGGCUUCGUCGGCGUGCUUGGGCAAGGAAGAGGACUCACUAGAUUUCGAUAUCACCUAUUAUAGGAGUCAUGACCCCAUGGCUCCAAGGCUUCAUGAAGACUUGCUUGAGGAGAUCGAGCAGAUGGCAUUCUUCAAGCAUGGAGGCUUGCCACACUGGGGGAAGAAUCGAAACAUUGCAUUCGAUGGAGUGAUCGAUAAGUAUGCGAAGGGGGGAGAGUUUCUGAGGAUUAAAAGUCUCUAUGAUCCUGAAGGACUGUUCUCGAGCGAGUGGACCGAUCAAGUUCUUGGUGUCAAUGGGACAACAAGAAUCAUCAAGAAGGGUUGUGCCUUGGAAGGUCUAUGCAUAUGCUCGGAGGACAUCCAUUGUGCACCAGAGAAGGGAUAUUUUUGCCGUCCUGGUAAGGUGUACAAGGAUGCCCGGGUAUGCACCAAGAAUUAAUUAAUGUCAGCUUGUUUUAUACUCAUUAGACCAUCAGUAAGUUCGAGGGCAAGAAGGAUAGGCUUGUUCAAAGUUAUUACAGUGCUUGUUAUCAUGUUAGGUUUUUCUAAUUGUUAAUGUGCACUAAAAACGUGCAAGAGGUCUAAAUUUUUAAUUACGGAGUUACUGAUGUAUGUGAAGAUCCAAUGUUUUCUACCAAAAGUAAAUUGUUUGCUUUCGUGCAUCUAAUGAGCAUUGUGACUUCAUGCAAUUAGAAUUGUACUUGGGAACAUAGGUGAAUUUAGCUGUCGGAUGAGACAAAAUUUGAGGGCGUAUCUCUCUCUGUUGUUAAAGGAAAAAGAAAUUGUUCUGGAAGAGAAUUUAGGAGAUUUUGGGGAUUCUAAGAA